AUGGGUCCACCUAAGACCUUGAUGGUUUACUCAAACAGCAACCUUGUUGAGAAAGAGUUAUUGCCACUUCCAACUCCUUCAACUCCCUCUUCUUUCCACAACUCGCAAACAAGCUUGGAGACUAUAAACUGUGUUUUGUUCUAUCACUCCUUCUCGUCCAAAGUUAGAGAAUAA